AUAUAGAGAAACGAUUACGCGAAAAACGAAUGGCGGCUUCGCGGGCGCCAUUGUAGCGUAGCGUGGCGUGGUUUAUUCUUCGUGAUUCGUGUCCGUUUAUUUCAUUGACACACGCUAUUUUCAUCUUUAGCAUUUAAUCUAAAAUUAAGUUUAUUUGACAUGGGUGAUCCGGGUGAUUAUAGUGGUGGAUACUCUGCUCAAUAUUCUGUUCCACCACCAGCUAUGGCUUCUGGCGAUAAUAAUUAUUCUGGUUCUGGUCAGGGAUAUCAAAGCAGUUAUGGUUCUGGCCAAAACCAAGAUUGGAACCAACAAAACACCGGAGGUAAUGCUUAUGGAAGUGGACAACAAGGAAACAACUAUGGCCAAAGCUAUGAUUCCUCAAACUACAGUAGUGGUGGUGGCGGAGGUGGUUAUGAUAGAAACAGUGGCAGUGGCUACAAUGUAAGUGGUGGCGACCGCGGCAGCAGUAAUUACUAUGGCGGUGGUGACCGUGGAGGAUCAAAUUAUGGUGGAGACAGAGAUCGUGGUGACAGACAAGGAUACUCUGGUGGUGGAGGCAAUGGUGAUCGAGGAGGGUUUGGAGGAGGUGAUCGUGGCUACAAUAGAGAUGGGGGGAAUAGAGAUGGUGGAUAUGGUGGCGGCGGCAGGGGGGGUGGUUAUAAUAAAGGUGGCGGCGGUGGAUACGGCGGCGACCGAGGUGGGGGUGACAUGGUGACUCAAGAAGACACUAUUUUCAUCCAGGGAAUGAAUCCAUCUACAACUGAAGAUGAGCUAUGCCAGCACUUUGGUUCUAUUGGUAUUAUUAAGACUGACAAGAAAACUCAAAGACCAAAAGUCUGGAUGUAUAAGGAUAAAGUAUCUGGACAACCAAAAGGAGAAGCUACUGUAACUUAUGAAGACUCUAAUGCUGCAUCCUCAGCUAUUCAGUGGUUUGACGGAAAAGAUUUUAAUGGAGCUACAAUCAAAGUAUCUCUAGCUCAACGCCAAAAUACAUGGGGUGGUAACAAAGGAGGCGGCGGCGGUGGAUUCCGCGGAGGGCGAGGGGGCGGAGGCGGCGGCGGCCGCGGAGGUGGUGGCGGCGGCGGCGGCCCAAGAGGCGGAGGCAGUUCUGGCGGAGGUGGUGGCCUGCCUUCUGGCAAUAGAGUCGGUGAUUGGAGAUGUCCCAAUCCAAGCUGUGGAAAUACAAACUUUUCUUGGAGAAAAGCAUGCAACAGGUGUAAUGAGGAGAAACCAGAGGGUGCAGGCGGUGGAAGUGGUGGUCCUCCAUCGGGCGGUAAUGGACGCGGCGGUGGUGGCGGCGGCGGUGGCCCACCUGGCCGCGGAGGUCGUGGAGGCGGUGGACGAGGCGGCGGUGGCUGGGGCGGCGGCGGCGGCCGCGGGGAUCGAGGAGGCGACCGUGGUGGCGACCGCCGUAGUUACGGCAGUGGUGGCGGCGACCGCGGCAGUGGCGGGGGCGCGAUGAGGAGCGACGGCGGGGGCCGGGACCGCCAAAGACCAUAUUGAUUAAAUUAAUAUUAUUUUUAUUUAGAUGUAAUAAGUUUGUUUUGUAAUUACGAAUUGACUUACCGCAUAGUUCUUUCUUGUAUAAAAUCACCUAUCUAUUAAGGUAGUCAUACCAUUUAAGUGUGAAAGUUCAUGUUAAAAUAGCUUGAAUAGCCUAAUCUAAUGAAAAUUAUUUAGAAAAUUAAAAGCUAGCAACUUAUUUGACAAUAAGAGUUAUUUUUUUCUAAAUACGUAAGUUUUUUUGAAAACAAUAACUUGUUACAUUUGUACAACAAUAUUAUUAUCAUUUCUUCGCUGUCGAUUCUUACCAGAAGAUAAGCCGUGUGAAUGAUGUUGGAAUUUUGUGUGUAUAUGAUAGAUUUUUAAAAAUUUUACAAAUACAUUUUACCAAUGUAGCAUUUCUACUAUAGUCGACUCAAUUUAUAACAGUAACAACUGUUGUUGCAACUUAAUGAGAACUUAAUCGAAUCGGGAAUAAAAUGAGUUGUAUCUGUUAGAUACAAUGAUUAGAUAAGUAGACCAAUAAGUUAUUAGUUUUGUUAUAGCUUUCACUGUGGUCACUUGAAUUUGUGAUCGAGUUAAGUUUUUAGUUGAAAUAAAGGUCGAACUAUAGGCAUAUAACAUCCCUGGCUUAGUUUCUAAGCGAAAUAAGUUGUUCCACAUAGUAUAUUUUUGCAUUUUUUCUUUGUAAACCCACUAAGGAUGAAUAGUAUUAUGUAUUUGAAACUUUGUAUGCAUUCAUUAAAUGGUUAUAAUAGUGA